AUGAAUUAUAAAGAUUUCUUAGAAAUUAGUGCAUAAUUUAGUUUGGGAGGUUUAAUAACUGAAUAAGCUCAUCCUCACACAGUUGGUUUAUCUGAAUUUGCCAAAAAUGAUUUAAAAACUGGAAUCUAGAGAAUGAAAGACUUGGAUAUGCUUGUUUUCGAUGUAUUGAUGAAUAAAUUGGAUUAAUUGGCACACAUGAAUCAGAUGGUCUUGGAUACUUGGUCUAAAGGUAAUAGAGUAUUCAUUUGCGGAUGUGGAUCUACUGGAAGACUAGCAUUAACAUUGGAAACCUUAUAUAGAUAAAUUACAAAGCAAGAUAAUAUAAUAUCUUUUAUGGCUGGAGGGGACGUGGCUAUUAUAGCAUCAAUCAUCCUGAAUUUGGAGCUUAGCAAUUAAAUGAAUUGGGCUUUAAAGAGGGAGAUUUAUUAAUAUCAUCGACAGAAGGAGGAGAAACCCCUUGGGUUAUUGGAGCUGCUUAAGAAGCAAGUAAAAUUGGGCUAACCAUUUUUCUUAUAUUGCAAUCCAGAUGAAGUAUUGACAGUUUAAAGAAGUUAAGAUGUUUUUAACAAUCCAAAUAUUAAUAAAAUAAAUCUCUCUGUUGGCCACUAAGCUAUCACUGGAAGUACAAGAAUGUAAUGUUCUACUGUUUUGACUUAUGCAAUUGGAUUGGCCAUUUUAUGCAAAGAAAACUUUAUUGAUUAUGCUACAAAUUCAAUCAAAAAUGUUAGACAAUAUUAUGAAUCCAUAGACGCUUAUCAAUUUAUUGCAAAGUUCAUUGAAUUAGAAGCAGAUUGCUAUUUGAGGAAAGAAUAUGUAUUCUAUAGAUCUAAGCCUAAUAUUGCUAUUAACAUUUUAACUGAUACUACUGAAAGAUGUCCAACUUUUAGUUUACAUCCUUUUGAAAGUAUAUUAGAUAAUCCAAUCAAUCCCAGCUGGUCGUAUUUUGUGAUGGAUGAUUCUGAAUAAAAAUACAAUAACUCUCUAUAAGCUUGGGAAUCAUUACUAUAUGGUAGAUAACCAAGGGCCUUGUCAUCAAACUAUUGGCAUAAAUAUUAACAUAAGGUUGGAUUAGAGAAAUUGCUCUCUCAUGAUAUAAGUUAAGACUAAGUAGAGAGGAGAACCAAAUAUGCUGGAGGGAAUCAUUACUAAUUUAGGAUUGCUUAUGACCAAGAUAAAUUAGAAAUGUCUUGGGAAUUUGUGUCACCCUAAUUAGAGAGAAUACAUUUUGAAAAGAUCAACGCUAUUAAUGAUGUUUUGGGAUAAAAUAUUGUUCUUAAAUGUCUUAUUAAUAUCCAUUCGACUUUAUUGAUGGGCAGAAUAGGUAGAUAUUAAAGUAAUAUCAUGAUCUAUGUUCGACCAACAAAUAACAAAUUGAUUGAUAGAGCCAUAAGAUAUGUCCUUUAUUUAUUGAACUAGAAUAAUGUUGUUAAUGAGAAUAUUACAUAUGCAUUAGUUUGUGAAAAUCUAUUUGAAGAAAUCAAGACUUUAGUAUAUGGGGAAUCAAUUGUAUUAAAAACAUUUGAAAGAGUGAAGAAAUAAUUUUCAUAAUGA